UGCACUUGGUUCGAGUGUGUCAGCAUGAUGGUGAUUCUACUGAACUGUGUUACCCUGGGAAUGUACCAGCCUUGUGAUGAUAUGGACUGCCUCAAUGACCGGUGCAAGAUCUUGCAGGUAUUUGAUGAUUUCAUCUUCAUCUUCUUUGCAAUGGAGAUGGUGCUGAAGAUGGUGGCCCUUGGGAUCUUUGGCAAGAAGUGUUACCUUGGAGACACCUGGAACCGCCUGGAUUUCUUCAUUGUGAUGGCUGGGAUGGUGGAAUAUUCCCUGGACCUCCAGAACAUUAACUUGUCUGCAAUCCGUACUGUCCGUGUCCUGAGGCCCCUCAAAGCCAUCAACCGGGUGCCUAGCAUGCGGAUCCUGGUGAAUUUGCUCCUGGACACCCUGCCCAUGCUGGGGAAUGUUCUGCUUCUCUGCUUCUUUGUCUUCUUCAUCUUUGGCAUCAUCGGCGUACAGCUGUGGGCUGGUCUGCUCAGGAACCGCUGUUUCAUGGAGGAGAACUUCACAAUACAAGGUGACAUCAUUCUUCCCCCCUACUACCAACCCGAGGAGGACGAUGAGAUGCCCUUCAUCUGCUCUCUGUCAGGAGACAAUGGCAUCAUGGGGUGUCAUGAGAUCCCCCCGCUGAAGGAGAGGGGCCAUGAGUGCUGCCUGGACAAGGAUGACUAUUAUUACUACAACUCCAUCCGGCAGGAGUUCAAUGUCAGCGGCGUGUGCGUCAACUGGAACCAGUACUACAACGUGUGCCGCACAGGCAAUGCCAACCCACAUAAGGGUGCCAUCAACUUUGACAAUAUCGGCUACGCCUGGAUCGUUAUAUUUCAGGUGAUCACACUGGAAGGGUGGGUGGAGAUCAUGUAUUAUGUGAUGGAUGCUCAUUCGUUCUACAACUUUAUCUACUUUAUCUUGCUGAUAAUCGUGGGCUCUUUCUUCAUGAUCAACCUGUGCCUGGUGGUCAUAGCCACUCAGUUCUCUGAGACCAAGCAACGGGAGCACCAGCUGAUGCAGGAACAGCGAGCGCGGUACUUGUCCUCCAGCACCGUAGCCAGCUACACUGAACCAGGAGACUGCUACGAGGAGAUCUUCCAGUAUGUCUGCCACAUCGUGCGCAAAGCCAAGCGUCGCACACUUAGCCUCUACAACAGCCUGCAGGACCGACGCCAGGGCCGGAUGGAGCCAGGCAGUGCCAAGCUUGGUGUGAACGGGAAAGGACAGAGACGCUACAGGCAUUGCCAGAAACACAACUCUCUCGAAUACACUCCUCAUGCCCUCAUCCAGCCCAUUGCUGUGACCCUGACCUCUGACCCCAACAACUGCCCCAGAUGUCACAGGGUGCAGCGUGAGGCAGGCCGGAGGCUCUCCAUCCUGGACAGUGCUGAUUCGGACCAGGAGGAAGGAGGGGCCAGUGAAGAGCAAGGAGAAGGAAGAAGAGGAAGCGAGGGUGCCGCAGAUCUGGAGAAGGAGGAAGAGGAGGGGGAAGAGGGCGGAUGGCUGAGGCUCUGUGGUGACCUGUGGCGAGAAGUGAGGGUCAAACUAAGGGGGAUUGUGGACAGCAAGUACUUCAACCGUGGGAUCAUGAUAGCCAUCCUAGUAAACACCAUCAGCAUGGGCAUUGAGCACCAUGAACAGCCAGAAGAACUGACCAACAUCUUGGAGAUCAGCAAUGUUGUGUUCACCAGCAUGUUUGCCCUGGAGAUGAUCCUGAAACUCGCCGCGUUUGGCCUCUUUGAUUACCUCCGCAAUCCCUACAACAUCUUCGACAGCAUCAUUGUCAUCAUCAGCAUCUGGGAGAUCAUUGGCCAGUCAGAUGGGGGGCUGUCAGUGCUGAGAACUUUCCGCCUCCUGCGGGUGCUGAAGCUUGUGCGUUUCAUGCCUGCUCUGCGACGCCAGCUGGUGGUGCUGAUGAAGACCAUGGACAAUGUGGCCACCUUCUGUAUGCUCCUUAUGCUCUUCAUCUUUAUAUUCAGCAUCCUGGGAAUGCACAUCUUUGGGUGCAAAUUCAGCCUCCGGACAGACACCGGAGACACUGUCCCUGACCGGAAGAAUUUCGACUCCCUGCUCUGGGCCAUCGUCACUGUGUUCCAGAUCCUGACCCAGGAGGACUGGAAUGUUGUGCUGUAUAAUGGCAUGGCCUCCACCUCACCAUGGGCAUCCCUUUACUUCGUGGCCCUCAUGACCUUUGGCAACUAUGUCCUCUUCAAUCUGCUGGUGGCUAUCCUGGUGGAGGGCUUCCAGGCUGAGGGUGAUGCCAACCGGUCGUACUCGGAUGAAGAUCAGAGUUCAUCGAACAUGGAGGAAUUUGACAAAUUCCUGGACAGCCGGGAUGGCUCAGAUCCCAGGCUCUGUGCAAUUCCCAUGACCCCAAAUGGACACCUUGACCCCACCCUACCUUCUUCCAACCAGCCAGUGGCAGCUGGUGGGGUCACAAGUUCUGCCCGGAAUUCCCUGCAGCCAGACCAGAUCCUCAUUGCCCUGGGUUCCAGGAAGAGCAGUGUGAUGUCACUGGGGAGAAUGACCUACGACCAGAGGUCACUGUCUAGCUCUCGCAGUUCUCAUUAUGGUGCAUGGGGCCGCAGCGGGACCUGGGGGAGCCGUCGCUCCAGCUGGAACAGCCUGGCUCGGGGACACAGCCUAAAACACAAGCCUCCGUCUGCCGAGCAUGAAUCUCUGCUGUCUGGGGAAAGACAAAGGGUGGCAGAUGGAGAACGAGAGGGAAUGGGAAGGGCCCCUCAUCACCGGCGGACGCUCUCUCUGGACACCAAAGAUUCCUGUGAUCUGGUGGAGCUGACGUCAUCAGUCCCAUCCAGUCACAGGGCAGCGAGGAAGGUGGGUGUGGCUCUGGGCACCAGCGAGCACCAGGACUGCAAUGGCAAAAUGCCCAAUAUCGCUAAGGAGAUUUUCCCGAAGAUGGACAACCGCAAGGAACGUGGAGAGGACGAGGAGGAGAUAGACUAUAGCCUGUGUUUCCGCAUCCAGAAGAUGAUGGACGUCUACAAGCCAGACUGGUGUGAGAUACGGGAGGAUUGGUCCAUCUACCUCUUCUCUCCACAAAACAGGUUCCGCAUCCUCUGCCAAACCAUCAUUGCUCACAAGCUCUUUGACUACGUUGUUCUGGCCUUCAUCUUCCUGAACUGCAUCACCAUUGCCCUGGAGAGACCGCAGAUUGAGCAUCGGAGCACGGAGAGAAUCUUUCUCACUGUAUCCAACUACAUUUUCACGGCAAUCUUCGUAGCUGAGAUGACACUAAAGGUGGUCUCUCUAGGCCUAUAUUUUGGGGAGCAGGCCUAUCUCCGCAGCAGCUGGAACAUCCUAGAUGGCUUCUUGGUCUUUGUGUCCCUCAUUGACAUUGUGGUCUCAGUGGCCUCUGCUGGAGGAGCUAAAAUUUUGGGGGUGCUCCGGGUCCUCCGACUGCUGCGCACCCUACGUCCUCUCAGGGUCAUCAGCCGUGCCCCAGGCCUGAAGCUGGUGGUGGAGACACUCAUCUCAUCCCUCAAACCCAUUGGGAACAUUGUCCUCAUUUGCUGUGCCUUCUUCAUCAUCUUUGGCAUCCUGGGUGUGCAGCUCUUCAAGGGGAAGUUCUACCACUGCCUCGGGGUUGACAUCCGUAACAUCACCAACAGGUCUGACUGUGUGGCCGCCAAUUACAAGUGGGUACACCAGAAGUACAACUUUGACAACCUUGGACAGGCCCUGAUGUCCCUCUUCGUUCUGGCCUCCAAAGAUGGUUGGGUCAAUAUUAUGUAUAAUGGACUAGAUGCUGUGGCUGUUGACCAGCAGCCAGUGACCAACAACAACCCCUGGAUGCUCCUUUACUUCAUCUCGUUCCUCCUCAUUGUCAGCUUCUUUGUACUCAACAUGUUUGUGGGGGUGGUGGUGGAGAACUUCCACAAGUGCCGGCAGCACCAGGAGGCAGAGGAGGCACGCCGGCGGGAGGAGAAGCGCCUGAGGCGCCUGGAGAAGAAGCGCAGGAAGGCGCAGCGCUUGCCGUAUUAUGCCACCUACUGCUCUGUCCGCCUCCUCAUCCAUUCGGUCUGCACCAGCCACUACUUGGACAUCUUCAUCACCUUCAUCAUCUGCCUCAACGUCGUCACCAUGUCCCUGGAGCACUACAACCAGCCAGUGUCUCUUGAGACUGCCCUGAAGUACUGCAACUACAUGUUCACCACAGUCUUUGUGCUGGAGGCAGUUCUGAAGUUGGUGGCGUUUGGACUGCGGCGAUUCUUCAAAGACCGGUGGAACCAGCUGGACCUGGCCAUUGUGCUGCUAUCUGUCAUGGGCAUCACGCUGGAGGAGAUUGAAAUCAAUGCAGCUCUUCCCAUCAAUCCCACUAUCAUCCGCAUCAUGAGGGUGCUGCGCAUUGCCCGGGUGCUGAAGCUGCUGAAGAUGGCGACAGGGAUGCGGGCGUUACUGGACACAGUUGUGCAAGCUCUACCGCAGGUGGGGAACCUCGGACUGCUCUUCAUGCUCCUCUUUUUCAUCUACGCUGCUCUAGGAGUGGAGCUCUUUGGGAAGCUGGUGUGCAAUGAUGAGAACCCCUGUGAGGGCAUGAGCCGCCAUGCCACCUUUGAGAACUUUGGGAUGGCCUUCCUCACACUCUUCCAGGUCUCCACUGGUGACAACUGGAAUGGAAUCAUGAAGGAUACCCUGCGGGACUGCACCCAUGAUGACCGGAGUUGCCUCAGCAACCUGCAGUUCAUCUCGCCACUCUACUUUGUCAGCUUCGUGCUCACAGCACAGUUCGUCCUCAUCAAUGUGGUAGUAGCUGUGCUCAUGAAACACCUCGACGACAGCAACAAGGAGGCGCAGGAGGAUGCGGAAAUGGAUGCCGAGAUUGAGCUUGAGAUGGCACAUGGGCUCUGCCCCCGGAGCGUGGGCUCCCCGAGCUCAGGACAGGGAGGAGGAGGUGGGAGAGUGGACCCUGAAGGACGUCUGUGCAUGAGAUGUUUCUCUCCAGCACAGGAGAACUUAUGGCUGGACAGUGUCUCUUUAAUUAUUAAGGACUCCUUCGACGGGGAGUUAAUGAUCAUCGAUAACCUAUCGGGCUCCGUCUUCCAUCAUUACUCCUCGCCGGCCAUGUGCGAGAAGUGUAACCAUGACAAGCAAGAGGUUCAGCUUGCUGAAAUGGAAGCCUUAUCCCUCAACUCAGACAAGUCUUCUUCCAUCCUGCUAGGGGAUGAUUUAGACAAUCGCAGCAUCUGUCAGUUGAGUCCUAAGGACACCAAGGAUGGCCAGAACAGUCCUGACUCCAUGGGCAUGGGAGAUUUGGGGGAAUGUUUCUUCCCAUUAACAACAACAGGUGCUUCUCCAACUCCGGAAAGUUACUUGUGUGAAAUGGAGAAAAUCCCUUUCAACCCCGUCCAGUCCUGGCUGAAGCAUGAGAGUAAUCAAGUUCCCCCCAGACCCUUCUCUCCAGGUACAUCCAGGCCACUGUUACCUGUACCAGCGGAGUUUUUCCACCCAGCCAUCUCUGCCACCCAGACUGGGCAGGAGAAGGUUUCCUGUCCAGGCAGCCUUCCUAAAAUCUCUCUGCAGGGUUCAUGGGCAUCACUGCGAUCCCCAAGUGUGAACUGCUCACUACUCCACCAGGCCACGGAGAGCGACACCUCCCUCGAUGACAGCAGGAGCAGUAGCUCAGAAGGCAGCUUGCAGACCACCCUGGAGGACAGCUUGAACCUUAGCGACUCACCCCAGUGCACCCUGGACCUCCCGGUGGCACUGUGCCCGAUGCCAACGGCUGCCACCCAAAGAACCAUGGCAGCUCCGCUUUCCCCUGCAUCCCGGAGGCGGAACCUGCGGGGCCGUGGGAUAUUCAGCCUGCAGAACAUCAGGCGGCAUCAGCGGAGCCACAGCAGCGGAGGGAGCACAAGCCCUGGCUGCACUCAUCAUGACUCCAUGGACCCUUCUGACGAGGAGGGCGCGGGUAGCAGCCUGAGGGGUGGCAACAACAGCGAGCAGUCAGAGACCCUCAGCAGCCUCUCCCUGACAUCCCUUUUCUCCCCACCCCCACCGUCCCCAGGCCGAGCGCUUGUGAAGAAGUGCAACAGCACAAGCAGCCUCAAUGCCAACCCCUCCUCCCGAGGGCCCACCACCAACGAAGCCAAGCCGUUCUACUCGGUUGACCCCCGGGGGUUCCUCUCCAUGCCCUCCUGGGUGACGGACUUCUACAAGGACACCCCCUCGCCAGGUGAUGGUGAGGGGUCGGACAGCCCUGAUAAACUGGGGACAGCAGACCGCAGCUCCCCACUCCCUUCUGAGCUGGAGCUGGGCAAUGGAGUCAGCAAGAGGAACAGAUGAGGGUCCCUGGGGUAGGGAGGGGAGCAAGCAGCGUGGGCAAGGGUGCACCUUGUGCUACCAUUUCCCGGCAGCAAGUCCAAAGGAUUGUGGGAAAAAGAA